CACUCAGCCCAGAGGGCGCAUUGUUACAAGUGUGGAACUUGUUGCUGGGAGCCCUCCCCUGGCAGCUCACUAUGGUUCUGAGGCUCUGAGGAUCGUCAGGACCCACCUGGGCACGGUCGCCUUCAGGGAUAGACCAUCUCACAGAUUCCACAGUCUGCUCUUCCUCACUAAAGAUGCGACAACCUGCUUGAAAUUCUCUGGAAAAGGACAAAGAACUGCUAGAGGCAGUGUGAUGCUUGGAUGCAGAAAUUGAGCAACCUCCAUGUGAUCCAGAGAACAGCGACUCAGAUGUCUUCUGGAACCUUCUACCAACGGGUCCUCUUAGCUUUAUGGAGAAAACAGAGUCACUCUGUCCAGAGGUGCCAGCCCGAGGCUGCAGAGCCUUUCCUGGGCAUCUGCUGAGGAGCCUGCCAAAACAGCACUGUGAGAACCAGGGGAGUCUCCUCCAGUUUGACCGGCAAGCCCCAGGCUGCAUCUCCACCUCGCCCACUUUGAGGAGAUUAAGGAACCGGGGCUGUGGGGCUUGGCACUCACUGCCUCAACAAGAUGCCUUGCAGGUGCUCACCUGGGAAGGCUGGAGAGAGCCUGCAGGCUCCCUGUGUUACCUUUCCAAGAGGCUGCUAGGAAGCCCAAAAGAUCCUUCGUACUUGCUGUCACCCUUGGGACUGUGCUCAAGAUUGACCCCUGAACCUGAAAGGGCCCUGAACACAGCUGACUCACUGGAACCCCAAACCCGGCCCACUGACCAGUAUGUCCCUCUCGAGCUUCAGCCUGUUAAUGAAGGGUCCCUUCAACAGGUCUCUCUUCUGCAGCAAGAAAGUCACUUUUUGCCCAGCCCCACCCCACGGUGCCCUAGUCCUCAGGGAGAAGAAUUGUACCCAUCCAGGAUUGGCAGGAAACCCCUCAUUUCAUUUGAAAAGUCACAGAAGAUUUUUUUUUUUUUUUUGGAGAAAGAGCCACUGCUUUAUUACUGGACCUCCAUCCUCAAGCAAUAGUUUGCUGUUCAUAGCCCACACCAUGGACCUUCAGAUCUUCAGCAGAGCACAGAAUAAGGAGACGUUCUGGUACCAGAAGGGAGACGAGAUUAUUCCAGCAGCCAUGGGACUAGUCCCUUCGGAUCUGACGAGCUUGGGGCAACGCAACUCAGGGUUCUGCGAGCACAGGCGAAGUUCUGUGGUGCUGAACUUACCUGGACUUGAGGUGUUCCCCGGGGACCUUCUGGUGUCAGAUGGAGCUGCUGACUACCUAUGCCACCCACUUCUGCUGCUGAAUUCAGAAUCCAAAAAGCCAAGAUGGCCUUUCUCCAAAAGAGGAGUGCAGGGCAAAGACAAACACAAGUACAUAUCCGAUCUGGAAAACUGCCUGUCCUCUGUGAAAAUUACCAGCUUCAGGGGCUAUGAGUUCUACAGUCUUAAGGAUAAGACCUGGGAUGAAGUCAUGGAAACACAUCACAAACUCACGACUGAUCAAUUAGACUUGAGAAAGCAGCAAGAGGCCAUGUGGGAACUUUUCACAAGUGAAUGCACCUAUUUUUUGGACCAUUUAUUAGUUCUUAAGAUGAUUUUUAUGAAUACAUUAAAAUACCUGCAAAUUCAUGAAUAUCUCCUAGAUGUGGAUUUAUGGAGACUUUUUGCAAACCUGGAGGAGUUAACUCAGACAAGCCUUGGAUUUGUGAACAGUCUCUUCGGCAUCAUCAAGGACUACGUAGACACUUCUGAGACUUCCUCAUCACUGGAUUUCAUUUCCGUGCUUACAAAGUAUUUCCAAGGGAGUCUCUGUCAGAGCCACCAGACCUACUGCCUGAACUACUCAGCUGCUAUCUUUUAUCUUGAGAGCCUGAGGCAGAGAGAUGACUUUGGAAUUUAUUUAAAAUGGUGUGAGCAUAAUGAACAAUGCAGACGACUCCACCUGCCUGAGCUACUAGUGGCCCCACUUCAGAGGCUCACUCGAUAUCCGUUGUUGCUGAAGAAUAUCUGGAAAAGGAGCAUGGACUCUGCUGAGAAAAUCAUGAUCUAUUCCAUCAAGGAAAAGGUGGAAAAGUCCAUCCGGGACCUUGAAGGAAAAGUGAAGUGGCUGGACAAUUUCCAAAAAUUUAGAUAUCUACAGGAGAUUAUAGUGUGGCCACCGCUUUGGGAUAGAGAUAAAAGGUUUUUCGUUCCAGAGUGUUUGAAACACAUUUUUAAAGAACACACGGCAGAAAACAUCUUGUCACCAACCAACAGACACCUUCUCUAUGAAGGAAAAUUAACUCUUGCAGAAAGCACAAGAUUCCUAGACGCUUAUUUGUUUCUCUUCAAUGAUUUCCUCUUAGUUACAAAAACUAAGCGCAACAAAAAGAAACUUGGAGGCUCAGACCCUGGUUUAAUGUGUCCUUCUCUUACUCCUGAGUUGCAAGCAGUAAUAAGAGAGGGUGGUUCGUGUACAGUACUCGAUCAGCCUAUUCCACUAGAUAGAUUGGUAGUCAAAAGUAUUGAACCACUCCAUUUAUCAGUCUUUGGGCUGAGAAAUGCUUUUCUUAUACAACAUGAAAACAGAUAUCGACAGUGUAUAGCAGCAUUCUUAUUACAAGCCCAAACAGAAAACAUCAAGAAAACAUGGAUGGCACAAAUAACAACAGCAAUUUCUUGCUUUACCAGGAAUCAGGAAACCAAGAAAAUAUCUUUAUUCACAUUGCCCACAGAAUCCUCUGAAAUUUAGGAACCUAAAACAAGUGGCAUGCCUUUUUAGAAGAUUAGUGUUUAACGUAUUAUCUCAUUCAAACUUUUGUUAACACUUAGCUAGUGAUGAGCUACAAGGAAAUGUGCAUUUUAAAGAAGUUCCAGAAUUUGGAAAUUUGAGCUAGGAAAAUCCUCAGUAUAGAGGAAUAAUGACUGCAACGAAUUUGAACCCUGCAGAAUUUCUUGACAAGUAUGUACUGACAUCCAGAUUACCUUCUAAUGUUUCAGUCAGGUUUGUAAGAGGUGUGAGUGAAGAAAGGUGCUAAUUUGUAAAGGGUGAAUGAUCAGAUAAACGGAGUAUCAGAAGGAAAACGAUGUCCACUGCUUGUGUCCAAUUGGCACUCCAGCAUCUCACUUUGUGUGUAUCUAUAAAAUAAUGAAACCAA